AAUUGAUUAAAUUGAUUUCAUUUCAGAUGAUUCAGGAAUUCCUCUCAGCUAUUAUUCGAAGAAAAAAUAUUCACAAUGAAGAACCUAAUCGCUUGGCAAGAGUAAUGAAAUUAAUGGAUUUAGUUGCUCUUGGAGUUGGAUCCGCACUGGGAUUAGGACUAUAUGUUCUUGCAGGAUCCCUGGCAAAAAGUACGUCAGGACCUGCUACAAAUCUAGCAUUUAUUUUGGCUGCGUUGAUAUCGCUCCUUUCAGGUGCAGCAAGUGCAGCAAGUGCAAUCAGCAAACAUAUCGAUUCCAUGCUAGAUAAGAAAGUCGAAAAAACAUUUGCGGAGUGGAUGCCAAUCAAUGUUCGAUUUUUAGCCACCUAUCCAGAUUUUCUAUCUAUGGGAAUUAUAAUUUUCUUCACGGUGCUUCUUUCAACUGGAAUGAAAAGUUCCAAAAAUUUCAACAAUAUUUGUACAUCGCUGAAUUUGAUAACAAUGCUAACAGCUGUGGUGGCAUGUCUCACGAAAGUGGAUAUUAAUAACUGGAAAAUCUCUGUAAAUGAUAUCGAUGAGACUCACCGAAAACAUGCUGGAAACGGGGGAUUUUUGCCAUUUGGUAUGGCUGGAGUAAUAGCUGCAACACCUAAUUGUUUUUUUGGUUAUACUGGAUUUGAAUCAUCAUCAAACGCCAGCGAAGAAGCAAAAAAUCCAAAAAGGGACAUACCAAUAGCUAUAAUGAUCUCUUUACUUAUUACUCUGAUGUCUUAUUUUACAAUAUCAACAGUCAUAACACUGGUUUGGCCUUAUUAUCUACAAGUAAGUAUAUAUCGAGGAAAUUUAGUUAGAAUGUAAUAAACCAAAUUAUCC